GCGCCGGCAAUCCGAGAAAAGUGUGGGCGCUUGAAACUCAUUUCGACCGUCGACCUUGUACCACAAUGACUGCCAGAAGGCAGCCAUCGACAACCUCGCUUUCUAAAUACAUCAGAGCUGGCUCACCAGCUAAUAUCGGUCGUUCAAUAGAUUUUUGCAAUUCAUUUUGGGGUGCUGGUGAUGGAGGUGUCGAUGUUCUUUUUGCCAGAAUGCGAGGAGCGAUGAGGACCAUGGAUGAACUGAGGAAUUUCUGGAAGGAAAGGGCCGCCAUCGAAGAAGACUAUGCUAAACGACUUGGCAAACUGGCGAAACAGACUUUAGGCAGGGACGAAAUUGGUGAACUUCGGAAUAGUUUGGACAGUGUCCGUCUGGAAACUGAUAAACAGUCGUCUUACCACCUAAAUCUUGCUCAACAAAUCAAGAAUGAUCUUGAAAAUCAGGCUGCAACUUUCUGCGCUAAACAGAAUCACCACAAGAAAGUCUAUCAGGCGGCGAUAGAGAAGGAGUUCAAGGCUAAGCAGACUCAGGAGUCUUAUGUGAAGAAGGCACGAGAAAAAUAUGAGCAGGAUUGCAUGCGUAUCAAUUCGUAUACAGCACAGUCAACGCUCGUGCAGGGCAGAGAUUUAGAAAAGAUUCAAUUCAAGCUUGAUAAAGCCCAAGCGACUGUUCAGACGAACGAGAGGGAUUUCGCUAAUUUCGCUAGAACAUUCCAGGACACAGCGGCGAAAUGGGAACAAGAUUGGAAGAUGUUUUGUGAUACGUGCCAGGAUUUAGAAGACGACAGAAUGGAGUUUAUGAAGGACAGCAUGUGGGCUUAUGCAAACGCAGUAUCUACUGUCUGUGUGUCCGAUGAUGAGUCAUGCGAAAAGGUCCGCGUAGCCCUUGAAGGCAUGGACUCUGAGAAGGAGAUGGAGAACUUCGUUAGAGACUAUGGCACUGGUCCCCAAAUUCCCGCUCCGCCUGCAUUCUUCACUUACAACUCGCCAGAGGCUGCUUCUGCCUCCGUAGCCCGUACGAAACCAGCUAAUUUCGUGCGCUCUUCACAACGAACAAGCCCUCUUCGUAUGCCUCAACCAAUCCCACCUGAGGAAGAGGACGAACCGCCGGUAAACACCGCCGGACGCGGAGCCGGCGGAGGGCAUAGUGCGAAGAGCUCAAUGGCAGAUGCCCGGCCAUCGAGUAGAGGUCCUAAUGGCGUCAACGGACAAAAUGGACAGUUGUCGUCGUCACCAUCCCACGUGUCAUCUUCGACUGCUGCUCAACCGCUCAGCAGACGGUCUACGCAUAGGAAUCCUCCACCUCAUGAUCCUUUAGCUGAACCAAUUGAUCCAAACGCCGAAACGUAUAUCAAGGUUGGAGGCAGUGCAUAUAAAGUCGAUUUGAACAAUGAUCCUCAACGACAAGGCUCGAUGGGCUAUAACGCCCCUAGAUCUGCAUCACCUAGCAAACUCAACAGCGCCAACAGUGCUGUUGACGACCCGCUUGCCAAACAGUUGGAAGAACUACAAAAUCAAGUUUCUUCGGUUGGAUCUGUCAGACGGAACAGUAUCUGGAGAGGACAGCAGAAUACUGAAGGGUCUUCUUCCGGCACACCUUCGCGUAAAGGAACCGCAGAUGCACUCGCUGCACCACGAGCAGGCUCCUCCGCCCCUCGAGAUUACCGCAACUCUGCCGAGAUGAUUGUUGGGCAACACCCAUCCCUUUCUCGCCCUGCAUCUCCAAACCCGAACCCAAGUGCCCCAACCGCAGCCUUCAUGGUCCCCAAGAAGCCCGUUUCCCCCGGAGCCGAGAUCCUCGAUGGUAUACUCACUGAUUAUCAUCAGUCCCUUCCUGGUGAAAGGAAGGCUAUUAAUCGUUCCGGAAGUCGAAGUCGAAGCCGACCGGGAAGUUACGCUGCAUCGAACGGCUUCAACGAACAACAGCAGCAGAGAGGUAGGAACCUUAACCGCCCGCCCAGUGUCGGGCAUGCUGGUAUAGGAGCUCAUGGGUCCAGGAGCAACAGUCCUCAACCCAUGUCCCGGUCCACGAGUCCCGCUCCAUCCCCCGGACAGUUCAUGAGCCCCCCACCAGGAUCUACAAUCAUGCGAGCUGGAUCAACAGGAUCACAGAGGUCUCCAAGUCCCAAUCCCUUGGGGAUUUCAUUGGAUGCAAACAAUGCCCGUGUAACAGUAGAUGAAAUGGCUCAACGAUAUCAGCAGCAGGCCCAAUCACAGUACCGUCAACCUCCUCCUCAGCAGCAGCAGCAACAACAACAACAACCCCAGUACACUGGGCGUUCGCAAGGCUACACCGCUCCUGCCGCGCAGCCACAGUACGCUCCUCCGCCAGCCCCGUAUCAAGCACCUCAUCACCAGCAACAACCGAGCUACUCACAGGUUCCACCACCACCACAGCCUUCGUACAACGCACCUCCUCCUGUACAUUACCAAGUUCCGCCUCCGCCACAGCAGCAACCAAUGUACCAGCAGACUGCACCCCCUCCUACUGUCAGCCCGGGGUAUGGACAGAUGGAACGGGCUCUGACGGGUCCAGGAUAUUAUGGGAACGGGAAUGGACAGCUUGUUCAGCAGCAGCAGCCUCAACAGACUAUGUCGCAGCAGCAGCAACGAAAUAUGCAUCCUCAGCAACAGAAUUCAUCCCCCGGAUAUCAACAACAGAUGUCAAUGUAUGGGGGUCCGAUGCGUAGAAGUCCUUCUCCUCAACCUCCUGCAGGAGCCAUGGUCGCUGCACCGACGCGGCAGGUUACGGAGGAUGGUGCGGGGAUUCUGUUUUAUGUACAAGCAUUAUAUGACUACCAAGCGACUAUCGACGAAGAAUUCGAUUUUCAGGCAGGAGAUGUCAUCGCUGUCACCGCUACUCCUGAAGAUGGGUGGUGGAGCGGCGUUUUGCUGGACGAGAAUAGGAGACAGCAUGGGAGACAUGUGUUUCCAAGUAAUUUCGUGAGGUUGUUCUGAAGAUAUUUCAUUCAUAUUCGAAGAAUACGACGUACAUGCUGGACGUGUAGGCUUAUUCUUUUCCGAUUAUAUCUGAUACUCAGCUUUCGAGGGUGUGUACUGCUAUACGCGAUGCCUCUGAGUGCUCCCAUCUACCCUAUCUACAUGUAUGCACCUCUA